AUGCCUCGCCUGUUCUUGUUUCAUCUGCUAGGAGUCUGUUUACUACUGAACCAAUUUUCCAGAGCAGUCGCGGCCAAAUGGAUGGACGACGUUAUUAAAGCAUGCGGCCGCGAAUUAGUUCGCGCCCAGAUUGCCAUUUGCGGCAAGAGCACCUUGGGCAAAAGGUCUCUGAACCAGGAAGAUGCUCCUCUGAAACCUAGACCAGCGGCAGAAAUUGUGCCAUCCCUCAUCAACCAAGAUACAGAAACCAUAAUUAUGAUGUCAGAAUUUGUUGCUAAUUUGCCACAGGAGCUGAAGUUAACCCUGUCUGAGAGGCAGCCAGCAUUAUCAGAGCUACAACAACAUGUACCUGUAUUAAAAGAUUCCAAUCUUAGCUUUGAAGAAUUUAAGAAAAUUAUUCGCAAGAGACAAAGUGAAGCCACAGACAGCAGUCCUUCAGAAUUAAAAUCCUUAGGCUUGGAUACUCAUUCUCGAAAAAAGAGGCAACUCUACAUGACAUUGUCUAAUAAAUGUUGCCAUAUUGGUUGUACCAAAAAAUCUCUUGCUAAAUUUUGCUGAGAUGAAGCUAAUUUUGCACAUCUUAUCUAAUAUUCACACAUAGUCUUGAUGACAUUUUCACUGAUGCUUCUGUCAGGUCCCACCAAUUCUUAGAAUAUAAGAAACUUUUGUUGAUGUUUAGACUUUUUUAUUUGAUGUGUAAGAAAAUGUUCUUGUAUUAUUGUAGUUUCUGUAAAUGACACUUUUUAUGGUGAAAACCCUUUUUGUCUUUUUGUUAACAUUAUGAUUAUGUUGUGUUAUUCUUUUUCAUGCUGUUAACUUAAAAUUACAAUAAAACCUCUACCACUUUAACCAUACGUAGUAACAAUACAGUACCUAACGCCAGU